UAUCUGGCACCAAUUCGGAAAGUUUUCAUAACUUCUAGAACCAAGAGCGUGCAUUUCCAAAGGGUCUCCCAAGAGUUCUAUUUGCUGUUGAUCAUGUAAUCUAUAUCGGUUUUGUAGAUGGUUGAUGUGAGUUUGCAGUGAUCAGAAUGUCUAAAUCUGCGCAUGAAGUCCUAUGUCAUUGUCAUAUGUUUUAUAACCCCACUUUUGGUGUGUUCAUAUUACAGUAGAAUUUGCUCUUACGGCAGUGAUUUCUGUUAAUUUCUUAACAGCCCAUCAGGUUUUGGGGCGAUGUUGGUGUUAAAGAGAACCUGCACUCUAGAAAAUUUAGGUCGUUUCCUACAAACUCUUGCCCUUCUCAGUUUCAUUGCCGUAGCGCAAGGACUAAAUGCAACCGAACUUCUAGAGCAAAAGGAUCAAGAACUGAAAGAAGUUGCCUCACUUGUUCGGAGAAACGCCGGUUUAUGUGGUAACACUUUAACCUUACUUUCUCCCUUACCUUCUUCUCACAAAAUCCGGUGAACGAUACACUCGAACGCAUAUCAAACGCAGUAAGUCCUCAUAUUUUUGAAGCCGUAUUUAAGGGACUUCGGGUUCAGUUGGUCAAAAUGAAUAUUUCAUGGCAGGAAGUCAACUCAAGUUUUAGACCACCUUUUCGAUUCUCUUUUGAAUCAAUCAUUGAGUGAUCUCAGAGGCAACUAUUGAAUCAAAUUCAUUCUUGGAUGAGCAGAUUUGAUUACAGCCUGUCCGCAGAAUUGUUCCCGCUUAUCUUGUUUCCGCUACGCCACAAGGGAAGCAGAGUUGAUGUGCCAAAAAAUCUCAAAACCAAAUUCCAACUGUGCGUCGAACUUGACCUGCCUAUGGAAGAACUUUGACUACAAAAGGAGUAUGGCAUAAGAUUAUAAUUGACUGAAGCCUAUUCUUGCAACAAUGAAACGACAUUGAUUGGAGUGUGGUGUUCAUGCUGGUUGUUAAAGAUCAAACUACAGCACGAUCAAUCUAUAUGCAGAGGAAUUUGGACGAGAAGUUCAAAUCCAUGUCGAAUCACACACAUUUCUUCCGAGUGUUUUUUGGAUCAGUGGAAGGCACACUGAAGAUAUUCCCAGGAAUGGAUGAAGAAUGUUCCAAAGCAGCACCUUAUGAUCCCCGAAUACGACACUGGUAUCUUCAAUCAACGUAUGUUCGCAAGGGGGUGGUUGUACUGGUAGACUCUGGACAUUCCAUGCAUAAGGAGUUAAACGCUGGUAAAGAGGGAGAGACUUACUCGAGCAAAGUAAAACAAACUCUACUCAAGUUCUUGGAUACUAUGUGGGUGAGAGAUUACAUUAAGAUCUUGUUUUUCAACGGAGACAAUCCCAACGUCCGCCCACUGUUGAACGAUUCGUUUGUGCAAGUGGAUUUCAGUGAUAGUGAUGGAAAACCACCGCUGAAUAGAUUGAAGAAUAGCAUAUCUGGGAAAGAAUUUGAUGCUCAUAGAGGACGCUCCGAUCCUAAGGUCGCAGACGCUAUCAAGGCCAUCAAUCAUGCGAUAAAACUAUUAACUGAUAAAGCAACUAUUCCAACAGAAUAUCUCAAGGUGACAAUUCUUCUAGACGGUGGUGGCAGAAUAACAAGCUUACCAGAGACUGAGAUUCAGAACUCCGACUUUUCUCUAGCAGUUCUUGGGCCCAGCAAUGAGCUCCUGGGAGUUGUGGCCCUUCACAUCUUCAACAACAAGGUGGAGGAACAAUUUGGAAUAGAAGAAGUUCCGUUCGUUGAUGCUGCUAACAGUAAGAAAAGAUCACAUACACAAGAGUUCGACGACAACGAAGUAGCCACAAAAGUUCGUUUCAACCACACGGGUCCAUGCGAAUCCUUCAAGGACGAGAAAAUAGAAGGCGAGGGAGUGUGCAAAGCAACGCUGAUGAACGAGGAUCCUUCAGUGUUCAGAAAGCUAAGCUGUUGCGAAAAUUGCACCUUCAAGGUCAAGGUGAUAGAUUGGCCCGCGAACAAGAUAGCAGGAGUUACUGUUGCCGGUGUAGCAGGGGCUGUGGGACUUGUACUACUCGUUUCAGGUUGUUGGUACUUCAUUCAUGUUCAAAACUUCUGGAUGAUUUACUUGUUCAAGAUGAACUCGUCAAAUGAGUUUCCAAGCAAUGAGGAGAAUCGAUCUCUCGCCCAAACUGCAUCCCAUGUGGAUCCACAGAGGGUGUUCCAGAAGGAAAGCUGA